UUGCACCGUGCCACUGAGUGCGUGACCCUGGUUCGGACGAGAAGUUUCCCAGCAUUUCGCCCACCCCCGACAACAAAAAAAAAAUUGCCCUGCUCUACUGCUCGUUUGGCACGCCCGCUGUCCGGCGGAUGCGUGGAAUCGUCAUGCUCGGAGGCCGUCGUUAGUGCGCUUCGACAUGUCCGACAAUGUCAAUGUCCCUCAAUGAGAUCCGCAAUGUCGUUCUUUUGUUCAGCAACCCAUCAUGGAGGGGGGUCGGCACUGUCUCGAGUACCGUUAUCCGGAACAUCACAGCCUUAUCAAGCCAGAUGGCCUACUCGUCCCGGUUUACAGGAAACACCACCGUGUUGUCCACGCGAUAUGCCGAGACCACGAACGGCGGACUCGCCGGCCUACUCUACGUCCCGGACCUCCCACCCGGCGACUCCUGUGUACAGGAGACGGCACCGCAUGUGCCAAGCUCUGCCGUCCGGCAAUCCGACCUGCCGCCUACCAACUAUCACCUGGUCGCCCUCGCGCCCUGGGUGAGCGACCGCUGUGCGAGCUUCUACUUGGCCGCCGCGCGCACCGAUCCCGUGCGGGCGUUCCUCUUCUACAUGCCGGAAGAGCCGGACUCGCCGCCACCGGCUGAUUCCGAGAAGUGGUAUAUUGGAGAUGGUGCCGACUGGAUGGCCAAGACCGGCUACCCCGUCUUCGCUGUUUCGGGCACGGUCGGCGACCUGAUGAUGCAGCACUUGAGUCUCUAUUCGGGGAAUAUGACCGUGGUACCCUAUGGCCGGAAUAUCAGCGCCCUGUUCCUCACCGACACGGAAGAUUACCUCCGAAUCUGGACCGAACUCGACGUCAGCGUGCCACCUGUGCCCUUAGGUACAUGGGUGUAUUUUCUCAUCGUGCUCGGCGUCCUCCUAACCGUCAUAUCUGCCACCUCGUUCCUCAUGCACUUUGUCCAGGCCCGACGGCGAGCGUCGUUGCGCCGGCGAGUGAUCGCUGGAGAGGUCAACCUGGAAGCCAUGGGCAUCAAGCACCUCACAGUUCCCAUGGAACACGUCCAAAACUUCCCGUUGUUCACAUACAACUACGAGCCCGACAUCAGCUGUCCAUCAGCCUCCCCACAGUCUGCAGAGAGGAGUCGGUCCCAAACCGGAAUCCCCCCUUCUGAUCAGACAGAGAUUGCAGCGGCGAGCCGGGUCGCGCGAUCUGGUACAGUUCCCGAGCAAGGUCUCGGCCGCACAUGUGCGGCAUCUACCGCGGGGACGGACUACCAACCAACAUGUGAGAUUUGCCUCGAGCCCUACGAAAACCGAGUCACGGUCAUCCGCGAACUGCCAUGCGGCCACAUCUUCCAUCCCGAUUGCAUAGACGAGUUCCUACACGAGGUUAGCUCUCUCUGUCCGAUCUGCAAAGCUAGUAUGCUUCCCGAGGGGUACUGCCCCAAUGUCACGAAUGCCAUGGUGCGUCGGGAGCGUGCCAUUCGCCGAUUACGGGGCCGUAUUGUUGUCGACGAUGGGCGGAGCCCGAAAAAACCUCUGGGCUGGUGGGCCGGGUUAUUUAGUGCGAAGAAAGAUCCGACGCACUCAAAUUCAAUAGAGUUGCAGGAAGGGCAGCCGACGCCCAACACGCGCCGACCACAGCGAUUACAGCUGCGACUCCGGCCUCAUUCGCGGGCCAAUGCCGACCUUUACGGAGCUCCCACCGUGCUGGCAAGAGAGCGAAUGCGCGCGCUGGCCGGCUUUGAACCGGACUAUGGGGAGAGCCGGUCGACAAGGUGGGAACGGAUACGCACCAGGAUCUUUCCUGGCUUCGAUUGAAAGAAAAGCUGUUCGGUCAUGUUUUUCGGCCUUGAUUAAAUAUGGGACGGAACGCAAGAUACCCCUGAGUUUGGUUGUUUUCUUGUGGAUUGCAUCCCCUGUCCGGUGUACUGGCUAGGGUAAUACUACAGUG